AUAGAAGCUGCGCCCGAGCCUCUGAACAGGUUGGUCUCAAGUUUGACUGAGUACAGUAGGCUACCCACUGAGAAAGACAUCAUGUCUGUGGUGGAGAAGAUGCCAGGCAUGGUGGGGACAGCCCCACUCGUGAUGGGGGGCUGUGAUGCCAACCUGAUGAAAAAUGUGUGGGAGAUCAGAGCCAGAGACUACUACUCUAAAAUCACGAGUGAGCAGGAGAGACUGGAGAAGAGUGCUCUGGCAACGAUUAAUGAAGACUGGUAUAAACGUAUGACCCUCAAGGCACCACCCAAGAGUGUGAGGAGGAGAGACAAGCCAGAAGAAACCAUUAGUGUCAGUGGCACAGACUUCAAUAACUUCCUGAAACAGCGUAUGAGUUAUGAGAGGGGCAGAGGACUCCCAGGCAUGCAACAGAAGGACAAGAGAGGAACAGUAAAAGGUAGUGCACUCGACAAGUUACUCCAUAUGACACAAAAUGAACCUGUUCAAAUGAAGUGGACUAAGUCAUGGAAGUUCUCAAAAGCCCUUGGUAAGCCAGAAGAGGGUGAGACACCACCAGCCGACUGGGGCCAGUCCUGGAAGUUUCUGAGUCAUCAGCCUCACGUCAAGGGUAAGAAACACUGGACAGAGCAUGAUUGCUCCAACAAUAAUGUCAACAAGGUGAGUCUUUGGAAGAAGGAUAGCAGAUUGGUGGAGACCCAGCACUUUGAGCACAACCUACCCAUGCCUGAAUGGGAAAUGUCCUGGAAGAAGUGCCAAAUCAAGCAUAAAUCAGAAGCAAAGGAAGGCACAGCCAAUGGGUCUUCUCCAUACUAUGAAGGUGGCACAUGUCACUCAAAAGCCAGAAUGUUUAAGAAGCUCGUGGCAUCCCAACAUCACAACGAGGCAUUGUCCUCAUCCGAAUGGACAGAGGGUUGGAAGACAACAAAACCUCCAAAAGGCGACGAGGCUCAUGCCGAUAAUGGGCCUACUGAUCAAAAGCCAAAGGCGGAGGAAAAAUCAGGACCCCAGUAUGGCGAAAGUUGGAAGUUCAUGAACCACGGCCUCCAGAAAUCCCCAGCCAACAAACCAACUUCAGUUUCAACAAACCCAGAGUGGGCCGGGUCUUGGAGGGCUGCUAUGAAUCCACCAAAGGAACUGAAAAAACCAAAGUCUUACGAGCAUGUUGUCUUCCACGAGGAUUCAAAAGAGUGCCCUCUGCACAAGAUCAUAGUGUGUGUUUCACGUGAGCAGAAGUACAGAGAUCUCUGGAGUUCCUUGUUUUGUGAGGAGUGCAAACCUCACUCUUCUGAAUGGAGCAAGUCUUGGAAGGUAGCAAAGAAUUCGACCAAGCACAGUGCAGAGGCAGACAAGAAGGUAGAAGAACACAAGAAGGUGGAGGAGCACAAGGCGAAGAUGCCCAAGGAUGUCAAGUUGGAGGUUGAGAAAGGCACACUGACAUAUGAUGAGAUGCACAAGGCCAUGCACAGUCACAAGGUAAAGUCAAAGAUGGCCAAGUAUAACAAGUUUGUUGGUCCACUAUUGCUCCACCAUGAUAUGUCCAAAGAGUGGCAUGAGGCCUGGAAACUUCCAAAGCCUCAGUGUCAUGGAGAAUGGUUAAAGCACGAUAUGCCAGAUGUAUCGAUGGUCCUCAAGAAGCACAUGACGAAUAGAUCUUUGCCAGAUUGGAGUGAGUCUUGGAAAUGUGCAAGAACCCACUCCCGCCAUGGCCAGCCCUCAGUGGCUCAAUGGAAAGAGUCCUGGUUCUCAAGAUAUCAGCCACAUAAAGGAAGAGAAUACUGGUUGAAGGAGGCAGGGCAUGAGAACCACUCUGCGCACUGCCCCAAACAUGAGGUGUUCCAUCUGCCACAGAGGUGCCAUACUCCAAAGAUGUAUGGUCUCUCACACCACACAGAGAGGGAAAAGGAAUGGAAGGACAGCUGGAAAUGCCCACACUUCAUGACUGCAAACUGGGCAGAGGAACAGCUAAAGGAACACCCUAUGGAGAUCUAUCCCAGAAGAGAGAAGUUACCCAUUUCUAAGGUGAAGCUCAGCACAUCAUUUAACUUAGAGGUUUUCCAUCAGCGGUAUCCCCCAACUCAGUGGUGUGAAUCAUGGAAGGCAGCACAUCUCCAACAUCAACACCAGAAAACAUCUUCUAUCCUUACGUCCUCACGUUACCAUGUUAAAAGCACAAAGGCUUCGAUCCCAGAGUGGCAGUACUCCUGGAAAUGCUUGAGCAUCCAGCUCAAUCAGCAUCACGAAGCCUGGGAUGGAGGGUUGUUCACGUUCCCCAUAAACCUCCAUAAAGGUCUGGAAUUCAGUCUUUCACACGUGGAUAACCAUUCCCACGCGGAGCCCCAUCACCACCAUGUGGAGUCAGCACCUAAACUUGAGGAUCAUCAUGGAAAACAAGCAGCGGUGUCAAAAGUGACCAGCGCUGAAACUGUUUCCAGAUGGUUCAAGUCAUGGAGAAUCUGCUAUGCUCAGCCCCAAGGGUCCUGGGUAGAUACUAGAGCCAGCCAGUUCCAACAUGCGGUCGUCUGGUCAAGAAGGACAGGUAUGGACAACCACCUAUUUGCCAAUCUUAAAACAGAUACAGCCACAUUUAGAUUGUGGGGCAAAUCAUUUGUGUUCUUGAAGGGAGAAAGCAAGUUAGCAGAUUCAGGGAAAUUAGGGAAAAAGUCCAAGGAGUCUGGUGGUGAUGGUAUGGUGAUUAUGUCAAAGAAGAUCAAAACGAGGAAGUCUAUUUAUUCAGGGCUGGAUAAGGAUAAGCCAUCUGAGAAGAGAUGGAUUGACUGCCAUAAGAUAGCUAAACAACAGCCCCGUCCAAAGAGAAAUUCUUGGUUAAAGAUGCCCCAAGCAAAUACAGAGGAAGAACAAGGAUUCGCCCAACUGUGGGAAGACUCUUGGAAGUUCUCAAUUCAAAAAGUGAUCAAGAAGGAAGAAACUGCUUCUGUAUCUCUUUCAGGCUGGGGAGAGGCUUGGAAAUUCUUCAUUGCUCAGUAUCCCCCACAGAACGGCCCUAAGAACGGCCCCAAGAACGGCCCCCAGGGGAAGUAAGACGAACUCUCGUGGGGUCUCAAGACUUCAACAUAAAGCUCUUUAGAACAUAUUCAGGAGAUGAAGGACUCAUGUUUGUUUUGCAGAUGUUCCUACAAGGAAUCGUCAUCAUCAUCAUCUGUUUACCCCCUCCCCACCUUACACAACAGUUUCUUAUAUCCAGACCACAAAUUACUUACAGAUUAAGUAGGAGAUGAAGGUAGAUGAAAUGUAUGUGCAAGUUGAAUAUAGCUCAGCAGAUUGUUGAAUGGAGUUUGAAAGAUUGGAAGGAUACAGAUGAGUAUCAGAGAGUAGGCCUAUGCAUGCCUUUUGAUGACUAUUCUAUAGCAUUUGUUGAAAUUGAUUUACUUGUAGUUUAUUGUAGAAUGUAAAAUCAUGCCUUGUAUCAUAUAUGCUACAGUGCAAUAUCAUAUAUAUUAAUAUAAUAUAUAUAUUUCAAUUUAAGCUAU